AUGGCUGAUUUAAGUUCUUAUAAUAUCAAGAAGUACUCUGUACUCAAGGGGGAUGGUAAUUGGUUUCAUUAUCCACAAAGAACUGGUGUUAUUAUUACUUUCUUACCUAUUAAAGGGGCCAAUAUCCUUUCAAUUAGUAUAACUCACAAAGCAACAGAAUUAAUUGAUUCAAUCUCAAUCAUGGCCAAAUCCAAUGCCAUUGCGUUUAAACAGAGUGAUACAGUUACUCAGAGAACGAAUCGAUUUCAAAUUAGCUUUGAAAGUAAGAACGAAUAUAAUGAAUGUAUUCAAACAAUUAGACACAAAUAUCAAAUGCCCAUCAAUGUUCAAGAUGAGGUGGUAAAAGCAUUCCCUAGUAACAGUCAAUCUACAUAUACUGAUACAGUUAAGAUAAAUCCUACACUUUCUUCAAUGCAAUUUUCUCAGCAAUAUGUUCCACAAUAUACUACCCAACAGUUACAACCUAUUGAAUCAGUAUAUUCAUUCCCAACCAUAUAUCAUACUAGUUCACAAAUGCAAUAUCCCGAUAUAGUGGUUCAUAACCUGCAACCGAUUGCCAAUACGACCGAUGUAACCAUGACUGAAAACACGGCUAUCGAAGCAGAAGAGGUUAAAUUUGAUUAUUUGAAAAUCAAUAAUUUACCUAAUUACAAAUUAAAGAAAUUAAUUGAAACCGAGUUGAAGAAACCUGAGUUUAUAAAAUUAGUAAAGAAAUUAGAUCAUAUCAUUGAAAAUUCAUAA